GAGUUUAGUUGUAGAGUGUUGUCCCACAAGUCUCCACUUUCUUUUCGGUGUAAAAAACUAAGCUAGUAACAUCAUGGGUCGUAUGCACGCUCCUGGCAAGGGUAUAUCCCAAUCAGCACUGCCCUACAGACGCACAGUCCCAUCGUGGCUGAAGCUGAACGCUGAGGAUGUAAAGGAUCAGAUCAAGAAGCUCGGCAAGAAGGGCCUGACUCCUUCCAAAAUUGGCAUUAUCCUGCGUGAUUCGCAUGGCGUUGCUCAGGUGCGUUUUGUCAAUGGCAACAAAAUUCUGCGCAUCAUGAAAUCGGUGGGCCUCAAGCCCGACAUCCCCGAGGAUCUAUAUCACAUGAUCAAGAAGGCUGUGGCCAUCCGCAAGCAUUUGGAGCGCAACCGCAAGGAUAAGGACGGCAAGUUCCGUUUGAUUCUGGUCGAGUCCAGAAUUCACCGACUGGCUCGCUACUACAAGACAAAGAGCGUGCUGCCCCCCAACUGGAAAUACGAGUCUAGCACCGCAUCUGCUCUUGUUGCCUAAGUUUUCAAAUAUGUGAGUGCAUUCACUGUACGUGAUGUACGUGAAGAACGAACACAAAAGGAAAAUAAAACUAAAAUAUUACAAAAAAAAUAAAAACAAACAAACAGAA